AUGGCAGACGCGCUAUCCAUUGAACAGAAUAAUAAAAUUCGAGUUGCGCUUGGCCUGAAACCGCUCCCUGUUCCCGGCGCCUCGGAAGAUCGCGAGGGACCUGUUUUUAAGCAAGCCAAAGGCGAUGGCGAGCCUAGCUCUGCAGAUGAUGAACCAGGAAGUACACUUGAAUCCCGCAUAGCUCAGGGAUACGAUAAUUGGAAAAGAUUACAAGAUGACGAGGAUGCGAAGAAGAAACGCCAGGCUAGAAAUGAUGCCAUAAGACGGGCCCGUGAAGCUGCGCAGCGUAUAACGAAGUUGGAAGGUAAAGGCCUGGGAGAAGCAGAUGAUGCGAGCUUGGAUACAAAAUCAUGGUUGAUGCAACACAAGAAAAAGCAGAAGAAGAUCGAGAAGGCGCGGGCCCGGAAGCUAGCAGAGGAACUGGCCGAGAGGGAGAUGGUGGCUGAGUAUACCUCGAAAGAUCUUGCUGGUGUGAAGGUGGCACACGAGAUUGGUCAAUUUGAUGAGGCUGAGCAGAUUCUCACCCUGAAGGAUACAAAUAUUGAUGAGGAUGAAGAGGAAGGUGAUGAACUGGAGAAUAUCAAUUUGAGGGACUCAGAGAAAACGAAAGAGAGGAUUGAGCUGAAGAAGAAGAAGACUGCUUAUGACCCUAAUGAUUACGACGGGUCAAGAUCGAUCUUGGCCCAGUAUGAUGAAGAGAUUGACGGAAAGAAGCGGAGUCACUUUACCCUGGACGUCAAAGAUAUUUCCCCUGAAGAACGAGAAGCCCAAAGGCAGAGCGUAGCAUCAAAAUUAAAAGCUACAGCGAUAACCCUUGAUACAAUGCAAGAGGCUACCACACCGUCGGAUUAUCUUGAUAUUUCUGAAAUCAAAAUAAAGAAGCCCAAAAAGAAAAAGGCAAAAAGUACCCGGAGAAAAGCACUUGAAGACGAAGAUAUAUUUCCUGCCGCGGAUGCUACUGCGGCUCCUACUGAUAGCCAACCUAAUGGAGAUCAAAUGGAAAUUGACGGUGUAAAAAAGAACCAGGAGCCCCACCCCGGUGUUCAAAAGAGGCCUCUUGAAGAUAUAUCAUUCGUAGAUGAUGAAGAUUUACAAGCUUCACUAGCAGUUCAAAGACGGGCAGCCUUUAAAAAACGGAAGAAAAUGCGGCCGGAGGAUGUUGCUCGGCAAAUGAGAGAGGAAUCUGAACAAGCGUUGAAUGAAAUGGAGGUGGAUCGACCAGAUGAUGACGAACCUGGGCUCAUCAUCGAUGAGACAUCUGAAUUUGUUGCUAACCUACAACGGCCGAUUAUUUUGGAACGUCGUCAUAGAUCCGUCAGCGCAGCACCGGAAGACGAGACCAAAUCACCGUCGUUAGGAGUGAAAGAAGAGGCGGAGGAUGUGGAUAUGGAGCAAUCAUAUAAUGAUAUUGAAGAUGAGGAGGACUUGAAGGAGCGGCUCAAACGUGAGCAAACGCAGCCUGAUAUGACCGCUACAGGAUUAGAGGAGGAAAGCACUCUUGACCAAGGCCUAGGUGCCACACUUGCCAUGCUAAGGCAACGUGGUCUGGUUAAGGAGUCCAAUGCCAGUGGCCUCAAUUCUCUUCAACGUGAUCGACAGAAAUUCCUCCUUGAGAAGCGGCGGCGCGAGACAGAGGCCGAGAAGCGUGCUCGAGCGCAGCGCGAGCGAGACCGUACUUCCGGAAAACUCGAUCGCAUGUCUGCACGCGACCGAGAGGAGUAUGCAAGGUGGGAGAACAAGCAGCGUGACCAGCAGGAGUCUCGGUCGAUGGCGGACGUGUUCAAUCGCGAAUACAAACCAGAUGUGCAGCUGAAGUACGUGGAUGACCAUGGCCGAUUGAUGAACCAGAAAGAAGCCUUCAAGCAUCUGAGCCAUCAAUUCCACGGCAAGGGUAGCGGCAAGAUGAAGACGGAGAAGCACCUGAAGAAGAUCGAGGAUGAGAAGAAACGGGAGGCCAUGAGCACGUUGGACAGCAGCCAGAAUACGGGCAUGAACAAUGCCAUGGGUGCUACGGCGCGACGGACGAGGCAGGCUGGAGUCCGGCUUGCAUGA